UCCAACGUGUUCUCCAUGUUUGAACAGACCCAGAUCCAGGAAUUCAAGGAGGCCUUCACCAUCAUGGACCAGAACAGGGACGGCUUCAUCGACAAGAACGAUCUGAGGGACACCUUUGCUGCUCUUGGGCGUAUGAAUGUGAAAAACGAGGAAAUUGAUGAGAUGAUCAAGGAGGCUCCGGGUCCCAUUAACUUCACUGUGUUCCUGACGAUGUUUGGGGAGAAACUUAAGGGGGCUGACCCCGAAGAGACCAUUCUCAACGCCUUCAAAGUGUUUGACCCCGAAGGCAAGGGGGUGCUGAAGGCUGAUUACAUUCAGGAGAUGCUGACCACGCAGGCAGAGAGAUUUUCCAAGGAUGAGGUCGACCAGAUGUUUGCCGCCUUCCCACCUGAUGUAACCGGCAACCUGGACUACAAGAACCUGGUACACAUCAUCACCCACGGGGAAGAGAAGGACUGAGGGAGGGGCCCCA